AUUCCUGUACAUACACGACUUUCCGCAUCAUGGAGAACUUACUUUUUAAGACCUAAUUUUACAAUGACGAUACUGAACUUGAUAUAAUGCAUGAUAUUCAUAGCAAUACCGUGUGUAAGAAACUUUUUCUGAUAAAUUGCUAUCACAUCUAGCUGAUAACCUCCAUUAUUUGACUUGCAGAGUAGUGUUUGAAUUCAAGUCACGACAGAUGUGGUGUAUUCCGUGUUUUCCGGGAAUUACUGUUAAAUUCUUCAUAUAAAGCUGAUUUUUCUCAAUCCAAAAAAAUCUAGGUAAUUUUUUUAGAGGAAGUAAUGAAUGACUGAAUAAAAAACAGUGUAGUGUAUCCGUAACUAUUACGUGCCGGUGUGAGUCAGUUAAUAAAUACUACUUCCUUUCAAUAACGCGGCUAAAUUGAACUACUCUUGAAUUCUCUCCUCGCAUGAAUUAAACGUUUUGGAAAUCGAAAUUUUCGGUUGUUGUUCAGCACAAAGAUAUGUGAUUUUUUCUUCAGAUUUAAUAUUUUCGUUCAGUGAAUGCAUCGUCCUUGAGACAUUGGUGUUACUCAUUCCAAAAUUAGUGAAUAUAAUGUAUUUCACAAUAUUAUGUUGCUAUCUACUAUACAGACUCAUCCAGCGAUUACUUGAAUGGCGACGCCAAUGGUGCUUGAUCGAAAAACUGCCGGGCCCAGAACUAGAAAACACAUUCAUCGGAAACAUCAAGGAAACGGUAGUUGCUCCCGAAGAUGUACCGAAAGAAUCUAUCCGGCGUUUUAAGACUUGGGGAGGAAUAUACAGAACGUGGAUAUUAGGCUACCCAUUUGUUUUCAUCUCAGACGCCAAGUACGCAGAGGUAUUCUUCACGGCUAAGGCCGUGGAGACCAAAGCGGAUAUUUAUCGGUUUUUACAUGUCUGGGUCGGACUUGGACUUCUAAAUAGCCGAGGGGAAACGUGGCAACGUCGCAGGAAGAUGAUCGCUCCUGCUUUUCACUUCUCGGCCUUGAGUGAUUUUUGCCAAGUAUUCAUCAACAAUACUCUCACACUCGUUCAACAGUUACGCAAAAAUCGCGAUGGAACUCCUGUUGAAGUGUUCUCCAAAAUGAGAUUGCUUGCUUUGGACAAUAUUUGCGAAAUUGCAAUGGGAUUCAAAGUUGAUGCCCUGAACAAUCCAAAUCACGACUACAUUCGAGCAGUGGAGGAUGUCUCUCACAUGGUGAUGCAAAGGAUCGUAAAGCCAUGGUACUGGAACGAUCUAAUCUUCUUCUUGUUACCUGAGGGUCGGAAACACUGGAGGGAUUUGAACACGAUUUUUGAGCUAACAGACAAGGCAAUAAGUAAUGGGAAGCAGAAGAGAACCAAUAAAAACUCUAAAAUCUCCAAGGAGCCGGAUUCUAAGCUUGAAGAGGACGAUGACGUAGGGCGUAAGAAAUCUGCAUUUAUCGACAUUUUAUUGCAAGCAAGUGAAACUGACUCCAUAAAGUUGACAGAUGAGGAUCUGCGAGACGAAGUCAAUACAUUUAUGUUCGGGGGAUUUGAUACAGCUGCAAACUCCAUGAGCUUCACCCUCUUUCUCCUCGGGCUCCAUCCUGAAAUUCAGGUCAGAAAUUUGCUUUACUGGAGGAGAAAGUGACUUUAUCCUACAUUCUGCGCGACUUUACACUGGAGUCAGAGCAUGGAAUGGAGGAUUUGGAGUUGAUGUUUACGCUCGUUGUUCGAUCGCGGAAACCUCUAAACGUUCGGUUUAAGAGGAGGAAACAUUGUCAGCAAUCUGAGAGUUGACAUCGUGAAAAUAAAAGCUUUCGCCUAAAAAAA